UGAAAAAGUUUGGGAACCACUGCCCUAACACACACACACACACAAAUCACAAAAUGUUGAGGCUUCUUGCUGUUUUAAUGCUCAAUAUGUGGGCCGUACGGGCAGAAGAUUUACUUUCUCCAGAAAUCAACAUUCUCAAUGAACUUGGCAAGAUUAAAACCUUGGAAAAAACUAUUAAAGAUAUGGAAAUUGAAAUGGAGCGACUUAGGACAGAAAACAAAGCACAGACCGAUACACUAAAGUCCUUGUAUGAUGCAAUGAAUGACUCAAAGGUAAAAGUGGAUGAACUAAUAAAGCAGAACACAGAUUCAAAGGUUGCUUUCUCAGCUUCUCUUUUGACCAGUCAUGGUGCAACAAACGUUGGACCCUUUUCAGGUUUACAAACCCUGAUUUACAAGCACGUUUUUCUCAAUAUAGGAAAUGCCUAUGAUUCAAACACAGGAAUCUUUACAGCACCGGUUAGAGGAGUCUAUGCGUUCAGAGUCUUUUCUAAAGCUGAUGGUAGUGCAGAUAAAUCUGUUACUGCAGGCUUGUUUAAAAAUUACCAGCAUAUCAUUUCAACACAUGCACAACAACAAAACGGUUUCUACAGCUCUUCAAAUGGGGUUUCUUUGCUUUUAGAAAAAAACGAUCAGGUUAAAGUAAAUCUUUAUCCAGAGCGAUGGAUUUUUGACAAUGGUGAACACCAUCACAGCACCUUCAGCGGACACCUGCUUUUCCCAAUGUGACAGGAAGUACAGAUGACCCUGUGCGUCUCCACAAACAAAUUCCGUUGGAUUACUUGGGUUGAUCUCCAAUACAUUGACAGGAGCUCCACACACAAACAUGCCCAGCUGUGAAAUAACAAGAAAAAAAAUAAAUGUUAAACAGACGGGAAAUAAAAAUAUAAAUGUCGGAAUCUCUACGAAUUUCAGGCUUCCCAGACUUUAGUUAACUUCAAAUUCAAGGGCCUUUCAAGGACUUUCCAGGUCCAAUACCCUCAAACUCAAGGACUAAAUGUGGGGACACAUUUCAAGUGAGAGCAAGGUUACAUUGUGUUAACUUUUAAGAUACAUUGUUACAGUUCCCUUUCGAGGGAACUUGCGCUGCGUCACUGUAGUGACACUUUAGGGACGCCUUCAGGGGUAAGUGCGUCUAAAUGUGUAUAUCAAAUUCAACCAGUGAUGAGGCUUAACGACAAAGACAGGGUGACGCGGGAGCCAGGAAGUAUAUCGCUAUCUGAAAUGUUGCCAAAGACGGCUUAACAGGGACGCAGGAAGUAUGGCAAGGGAGACGCAGCACCUCAUUCCCUUCUCAGGGAACAACAGUUACAUACGUAACCAGAGACGUUUUCAUGUGUCAAACACAACCAUGCAAAAAAGCAUUUUGGUAUGAAUCAACAUUCGCAUACAGAAGAUAUAAGAAUUUAAAGCUAACAGUUUAGCACGUGUGCUUAAAAACUCUAGACUUUUUAUGAUAUUAUCCUACACUACACAGGAAAUAAUAAGGAUUUUUUUUCCAGGAAAACUUGCAUAAAAUAGAUUCAAGCACUUUUAAUGACCUGUAUCUAUAUACGUAUAAUUUCACAAACUUCCCAGGGCCUUGAAUUUUUCCCCUAGAUUUACAAACUUUCAAGCACCCGUGGGAACCCUGGAAUUACAUUAAAAACAUGAAAACAAGUACCAUUUGCCUUUAAAUAGGAUAGCAAAAGCACACGUUUGACAAUUUUUUUUUGUUAGGACUAAAGUGAUAGGGUUUCACUGAUACAGUAAAAAGUGAACUGACAUUAUACUGUAUAUCCACAAAAAAUAAAACGCUGACUAAAAUAAAUAAAAUAAAAUAAAUAAAAAUAAAACGCUUUUGCCAACUAAAUUGUCUUUGAAAUAUCUAAUGAAAUAACAUUUAGACAUUUUCAUAGUAAGAAAAAGAGACCUGUUUCUUAGUGUUUCUGUCCCACAGUUUGACGGUUCUGUCACAGGAUGCAGACACGAUGAGGUCUGUGGUGAGUUUCAGUACAGUCACUUUGUCUUGGUGCACCUAGAGAUCAAGCAAUACCCACCCAAUUUAUUACCAGAACAAACAUACAUAUGAAAGAAACAGAAUUCAUUACUACAUCUAUCAGAGAAGCUGAAAAAGACACUUGCCAGUCUUCUCUGGGUCCAGGCGGAGAGAUUGGAUGGCUGAUUAAACCACAUGUAUCCUUUAGAAUCACCACACACGACAAAGCCUGCAAAUAAACAUCCAUCACAUGUUUAAAACGUGCCAUUACAGCAUUUUAGGAGGACUUUCAUAAUUACUUUCCAUUGACAGUAGUGCUGUGUAUUCUGUAUCUUUUAGCAAGCAACAUAAUCUUUAAUAUAACAAAAUAUGCCCAUUUCUGUUUGGAGGGCUCUAAAAUUGUACAACAGCGCCAACGUCAUAGGUUUAUUCCUAAAAAAACUACAAUACAACAUCAUAAAAUGCAAGUCACAUGACUUGCAAGUCCCUUUGGACUUAAAUGUAAAUAUAGCUGAUUUAAAAAAGAUGAAAGGUGCUAUUUAAAGGAUAAGUGAAGGUUUACAAUCCUGCACUGCUGUAGCUGUGAUCCAGGGCUUGUUGGCAUCCUUCUGCUCCCCAUCCUCCUCAUCGCCUAUGAGACUUGUGCAGUUUUGUAGGCCGUUAGAGACAUUGGCACUCAAAGAUAU